AUGCGCCGAAGGGGCGCAGGCACCAUUUUUAGGCACAAAACCAAGAAGACCAUCAACUUGACUCCUCAGGGAAACUUCGUGGUCGAAAUUCCUGUACCUGCGAAGGUCAGAGAGCAGAGCAAGUCGAACGACCGGGAGUUCACCCAUCUCCGAUACUCUGCCGUGGUUGGUGACCCGAAUGACUUUGUGAAGCGCGGCUACACUCUUCGUGCGAAGGACCUUGGACGCCACACGGAGCUCAUGGUUGUGAUGACGAUGUACAACGAAGAUGAGAUUCUAUUUGCAAAGACGUGGAAAGCUGUGAUGAAAAACAUUGCCCAUCUCUGCUCGAAGAAGAAGCACCCCAUGUGGGGUGUCAAUGGCUGGGAGAAAGUCGUCGUUUGCGUGGUUUCCGACGGACGAACCAAGAUCAAUCCCCGAACGUUGAACGUGUUGGGCGUCAUGGGUCUAUUCCAAGAUGGUGUCAUCAAAACCAGCAUCAACAACCAAGACGUUGCGGCACACGUGUUCGAAUUCACCACACAAGUUUGCGUUGAUCCCGAUCUCAACGUUCGGGGAAGUCAAGCCGGCGUCAUCCCGGUUCAAACGAUCUUCUGUUUGAAAGAGAAGAAUGCCAAGAAGCUCAACAGUCACCGUUGGUUCUUCUCGGCGUUCGGAGCCACUUUGAACCCGAACGUGUGUAUUCUUCUCGAUGUAGGCACCAAGCCCACCGAGGCGUCUUUGCACCGUCUCUGGAAGGCUUUCGAUGCCGACCCACAGGUUGCUGGCGCUUGUGGUGAAAUCGCAGCGGAAACGGGCGAUUAUGGACAGAAGCUGUGGAAUCCGCUCGUUGCUGCACAGAACUUCGAGUACAAAAUGUCCAACAUUCUGGAUAAGCCUCUCGAGUCUGUCUUCGGUUUCAUUGCCGUACUCCCGGGAGCUUUCAGCGCGUAUCGCUACAAAGCUCUGCAAAACGGCGCUGACGGAACUGGACCAUUGCAAAAGUACUUCUUGGGCGAAAGUUUGCACGGCAGUCACGGCGACGUGAAUCUGUCGCAGGCAAACAUGUACCUCGCCGAAGACCGUAUUCUCUGCUACGAGCUCGUCACAAAGAAGAACGAAAACUGGGUUUUGCGAUACGUCAAGUCGGCCAAAGCAGAGACGGACGUCCCUGACACGCUACCCGAAUUCGUCUCUCAACGUCGUCGGUGGCUCAACGGUUCCUUCUUUGCGGGGAUCCAUGCCAUCGCUCAUUGGUAUCAGAUUUUCCGAUCCGGCCACUCGAUCAUACGGAUGUUCGCCAUUCUCACCCUCCUGGUUUACAACUCGAUCAAUGUCAUCUUCAAUUGGUUCUCGCUGGCUACCUUUUAUCUGAUCUUCUACUUCUUGGGCAACGGAAUGGUGGCUGAUCCCAAGACCGACCCAUUCUAUGGUGCCGGCGACAUUGUCAUGCUGGUCGUGCGUCAAGUGUACAUCUUCUCCAUCGUUGCCGUGUUCAUCGCCAGUCUGGGUAACAGGCCGCAGGGGAGUAGGUUGUUGUAUACGGCGGUUUUUGGACUAUUUGCCCUGAUCAUGAUCCUCAUGCUCUAUAUGGCUGGAUUCUCGCUGUACCUAUCUGUUACCGCCGCCAUUGCAGAGACGGCGGGGGAUGCCAAGAAGCUACCGAAGCUCAUCGAAAAGGCGGCUUUCCGAGAUCUUCUGCUCAGCACCCUCACAACUUACGGCGCAUACAUCAUUGCAUCUGUUGCCUACUUCGACCCAUGGCACAUGGUCAACUCGUUUGCUCAGUAUCUUUUGUUCCUUCCCGGAUUCAUCAACAUCCUCAUGGUGUACGCCUUCACGAACCUACACGAUAUCUCGUGGGGAACCAAAGGGGACAACGCGACCGCUGAUCAAGCGCCGGUAGUGGUCAAAAAGGACGACAAGAGCGGGACCCAGGUCGCAACGGUCGAUCUCCCGGUUGAGCAAAAGGACAUUGACGCCUCCUACGAUGCGUUCCUCCGCGCCUUGCCAUCACCACCCAAGCAAGGAAAGUCGGGAUCCGGGCGAUCAGCGGCCCUCAAGCAGGAAGACUACUUCCGCCUCUUCCGCACGCGCGUCGUGCUGUUUUGGAUUCUCUGCAACGUCGCCCUAGUGGCGGUGUUGACAACGGACAAGAUUGCGAACAAGAUUGGGAUUUUCUCUGGCCCGGAAGGUGUUGGCCAGAGCAACUCGUUCUUGACGUUCAUGCUCUGGAGCGUUGCCGCCCUCGCUACGUUCCGUUUCGGCGGGAGCAUGAUGUACCUGUGCACCCAGGCUUCGGUGCGGAAGCGCUGA